AUGGUCAAGUGGACAUUUUCCCUAUUAGUCGUGUGUCUGGCAGCGCUCGUGCUCUCAGUGCAGGCCGGUGCAACCCCCAAGAUCACGAACAAAGUUUACUUUGAUGUGACUAUCGAUGGUGAACCCGCGGGUCGCAUCGUCAUGGGUCUGUACGGCAAGACGGUGCCUAAGACGGUGGAGAACUUCCGUGCGCUGUGUACGGGCGAAAAGGGCCUGGGCGAAAGUGGCAAGCCUCUGCACUUUAAGGACAGCAUUUUUCACCGCAUUAUCCCCAACUUUAUGUUGCAGGGCGGCGACUUUACCCAAUUUAACGGCAUGGGCGGCGAGAGUAUCUACGGCGAAAAGUUUGAUGACGAGAACUUUAAACUGAAACACGCUGGCAAGGGGACGCUCAGCAUGGCCAACGCGGGCUCCAACACUAACGGCAGUCAGUUCUUUAUUUGUACGGUCAAGACCUCGUGGCUGGAUGGCCGUCACGUUGUCUUCGGUCGCGUCGUGGAGGGAAUGGACGUGGUGGACGCUAUUGAGGCUGUGGGUUCUCCCAGCGGUACCCCUAGCAAGAAGGUGGUCAUCGUAGACAGCGGUGAGCUGGACAUGGACGCUGCUGUCGCGGAAGAGUAG